AUGUCUGAUUUACCAGAGGAACAAGUUGUGCCUGAUAACGCGCCCUUUACAAAUGCGGGAGUGGACUAUUUUGAACCAUUGGAUGUGAGGAGAGGGAGAAUUGUGCUGAAGCGAUAUGGAGUGAUAUUUACCUGUCUGAGCAGCCGCGCAAUACAUCUGGAGGUGGCGCACUCCCUCGACACAGACUCCUGCAUCAAUGCUGUGCGAAGAUUUAUCUGCAGAAGAGGACCUGUGACAAGUAUGAGGUCAGAUAAUGGCACGAAUUUUGUUGGUGCGAAGAAGGAGCUGAGGCAGGCUCUGGCUGCUUUAAAUCACUCUAAAAUUGAAAGGACUUUUGUGCAGGAAGGAGUGACGUGGAGUUUUAACACCCCAGCUGCAUCUCACCAAGGUGGCGUUUGGGAGCGUCUGAUUUGCUCUGUGCGCUGUGUACUUACCUCUGUUGUUGGACAUCAACUGCUGGACGAAGAAGGCCUGCAAACACUGUUUUGUGAGGUAGAAGCAAUACUCAAUGACCGGCCAAUAACUAAGGUCUCAGAAGAUCCCAAUGACUUUGAAGCGCUCACUCCAAAUCACAUUCUCCUGCUGAAAGGCAAGCCCAUUCUGGCACCAGAACGUGCUGCACCACUCCAUGCACUAAAGAAGAAAGAUGUGCCAUGGAACUGGUCUGAAGAGUGCCAGCAUUCUCUAGAGGAUUUGAAAGAUGCCCUACAAAAGGCUCCAGUUCUCGUGCCCCCAGACUCAACCAUAGAAUCAAAGCCAAUGGAAAUGGCAGCUCUGGGAAGACCUCUGUAUCUUGGUAUGCUUUACGACUGCCGCAAAGAUUCCUUCAUUCCAGGUGUUACACUCUGGGAUAAGAAAUCAUUGAGUGAAAAUUUGGACACUCGUCAACAGACCCAGACAAAUCUGCUGUUCAGUAGCACUGGUUCUCUCUCUAGUAAGUCCAACCUCCUGGGUGUAAGUGCUUCCCUGAAGGCCAGAUUCUUGGGGGGGCUUGUGGAUGUGGGAGGAUCUGGAAAGUUCCUGCAUGACACCAAAUCCUCAAACCAACAGUCCAGAGUUACAAUGUAUUACAGAGAAACCGCAAAAUAUGAACAGCUCACUAUGUCCCAGCUAGGCCAGAUCAUCUACCCUGAGGUGUUUGACAAGAAAACUGCAACUCAUGUGGUCACGGUGGUACAGUAUGGAGCUCAGGCCCUCAUGGUGUUUGAUCGGACAUUUUCAGAAGACGAAAACAAGCAGGAGAUUGAGGGAGAACUAAAUAUCAUGGUCAAAAACAUCCCUUCAUUUUCAAUUGAUGCAGAAGCAUCUGGCAGUAUGAAAGAACAUGAAAAGAAAAAGGCUGAGAAAAUCACCUGCAUAUUUCAUGGGGAUGUCCUACUCGAGAAGAACCCCACCACAUACAUGAAGGCCAUUGAGAUAUACAAGAAGCUCCCCAUUCUGCUGAAGGAGAAUCCACAAAAUAUGGUUCCAAUAAAAGUCUGGCUCCAUCCUCUUCAUCAGUUUGACAACAAAGCAGCUCAGCUCGAGAGAAAAAUUACCACUAGUCUGAUUUCUGACGCUGAUCAUAUAAUCGAGGAGCUUGGAGAGGCAGAGAGGACAUACAAUGACCUGUUCAAAAGUGAAUUGGUCAAUGCUUUCAGUGACAUCAAAGAGAGACUGCAAUUAUUUCAUAAAUCAUUUUGCAUGUACAAGACAAUGCUCAUAGAAGCAGUCGGCAGGGUCUUGACUGUUAUUCGAGGAGGAAUGGAAGAGGAGAAAUCUCUGGAAGACAUCCUGAAGAUCCACAGGAGCUCCCCAUUCAAUGCUGAUAUGCUUAAGUCGUGGUUAAAGGAUGCAAGGUCUGAACUUCUCAUCUUGAGUUCUUACAUCAAGAUGCUACAGGGUAUCGAUAUCAAAGACUCAGUUGAUCUCACUACCACCUUAUUUGAUCCAGAAGUUGAUGCAGUGGUGGGCUUGACCUUCACAUGUCUGAAGUAUAAAGACCCAUAUAUUUCAAGCCUGAAGGAAUAUAUUGAAUCUGACAAGUUUAAAGAGCUAGAAGAGAGUAAAACAUUUUCUGUUAAAUCUGUUCAAAAGUGGUUCAAUGAACGCAGCUGGAGUGAUACUGGGUUUUCUGUGAAACCUGUCACAAAGUGGUUUAAUGAUAUCAGUGUCUCAAUGAACAUGAGAGAGAACUUGUCUCAAUUCAGGCGGUUUGCAGAGGCCAAUAAAUAUGAAAAGAGAAUCCGCUUCAUUAUUUCUGCCAUCUCCAAUCCCAACAUUGCAGGCUCCUCCAUCUAUCUAUAUGAAAAAGGGAAACUGACAGAAAAACAGUUCAAGCCUGUGUCCAACCCGCCACCCCCACCAAUAGUGAAAAAUGUACGGGACCAAGCUGUGUACCUUAAACCGCAGAAGUCUUCAUCUAGAGACAGAGUGCAGUACAGAGUGGAAUACAAGCAGUAUUUGAGCAGCUAG